AUGCGCUGCAUUAAGAACAAAAUUGAGCAUGAUGGCUCUGGGGCGGUGACAUUAUGUCCUGUCGAGCCAGAAGACAUGUGGCACGCAUACAACCUGAUCCGACCAGGCGAUCUCCUCCGAGCCAGCGCAAUUCGUCGAGUUACCACAGUUCAGGAUACCGGGUCCACGAGCUCCGCGCGGGUUCAUCUGAACCUCCUAAUUCGCGUGAAGAAUCUCGACUUUGAUCCGCAGAGCUCUCAGCUCCAUGUAUCAGGACAAAUUACCAACGAAACACCACACACGAAAAUUGGACAGUUCCAUACCCUCGAUCUAGAGCUGAAUCGCAAUUUCACGUUAGAGAAAGAGGUUGGGGCAGAUGGAGAAGGUGUCGGGUGGGACAGUAUUGCAAUUGAGUCACUCAGAGACGCUGUCGAUGAGGGUGGUAAACGCCGUGCAGAGGCUGUCGCGGUAGUGAUGCAAGAAGGACUGGCUCAUAUCUGCUUUAUUGGCCAAUUCCAGACAAUAUUGAAGCAAAAGAUCGAGAUGUCCGUGCCGCGGAAACGGCAGGGAGGAGGGGAUCAUGAUAAAGGAAUGAACAAGUUUUUCAAAGUUACACUCGAUACGCUCCUUCGACAAAUGGAGUUCAAUACCAGUCUUACUUCAGGCGCCAACAACGAAGCCGUACGGCCCGUGCUUCUCGCCUCACCCGGGUUUGUCGCCGCUGGCUUCCAGAAAUACAUCCAAUCCGAGGCAUCAACAACGACUCCCGGACUCAAGCGACUUCUUCCCAGUCUCGUGGUUGUGCACUCCGCAUCGGGAUACACAAAUUCACUAUCAGAGGUUCUGCAGUCGCCCGCGGUUAAGACCAUCCUGGCUGAUACUAAGUAUGCCCGUGAGACCAAAUUGAUGGACCACUUCCAAGAACAACUGCGCAAGGAGACCAACAAAGCAACAUAUGGUCCCCGCGAGGUUGAGUACGCGGUUGAACAAGGUGCUGUCGGCCGAGGUGGCGGCGUACUUAUUGUUUCGAAUCGCUUGUUUCGAUCACAGGAUGUCGCUGAGCGUAAACGCUGGGUGGGUCUUGUGGACCGCGUCCGCGAUGUUGAGGGUGGUGAGGUGCGGAUUCUCAGCUCUGACCAUGAAAGUGGAAAGCGUCUCGAGGGGUUGGGUGGCAUCGCUGCGCUUUUAACAUUCCCCGUUAUUGAGCCUGACUUUGACUCUGAUGCAGAAUAG